CAGAUCUCUGCGCUGGAGAACGCCGGCCUCCAGCAGCUGCGCUCGCUGGAAGUGCUGGACCUGUCGCACAAUCGCGUGUCGAGGGUGGCGGCGGAGACGCUGGACUCCAUGGAGUGGCUCGUCGAGCUCAAGAUGGACAACAACCGCAUCUGCAACAUCCAGGGCGUGCCCUUCAACAACAUGCCCCGCUUGCGCGUGCUCAGCCUUAACAACAACAAGAUGACCUCCCUGCCCGAGAACACCUUCCAGCGCCUCAAGCACAACGUGGCCCAGCUGCAAUUGAACGGUAACCCGCUGUCGUGCUCGUGCGACCUACUGUGGCUGCAUUCCUGGCUGCUGGAGACGGAGCAGGGCGCGCCCGGUGCGCAAGCCCCGCAGGCCGCCCACGACGGCCCGCGCUGCGCGGACGGCUCGCUCGUCAAGGAGAUCCGCGUCUCGCGCGCCGAGUGCGACGCGGCCGCCAAGUCCGCCCCUCUCACGGCGCGCCAGCAGCACCACAACCCCGCCUGCGACGCCGAGAUUAUCGACCUGCCGCCCACCAACGUGAUCGGCACGUCGCAGAUCGUGUCCACGGCCCUGGAGGUGCGCGGCUCGACACAAGCCCCGCAGCAGAACGUGGCGCCCUCGCCGGAGGAGUCCGAGUACUUCUACGACGAAUACGUGGACGUUCCGGUCGAUGAGAACGCGACGGCGUUGAACAACGCUUCGCUGGUGGCGACGCCCAACUCAGUGACUCCGGGUCAGACAGCGUCGUUGCACACGGCGGCCGUCACGGCGACGCCACCCGCCACUGCCACGGCCGUAGGCAGCCACUCGACACCGGCCAUGGCCGCCCCGGCCGGCCCCGCCACGAGCUCGCACUACAUCACCGGCGACACCCCGACCCUGUACGCCGGCACCAGGAACAAGCUCCGGCCUCCGGGCGUCGGCCUGGGCCCGGGCAUGACCCCUGCCGACGACCCCAAGCGCAUGCCCCCCGGGGCCGCAGGGUCGGCCGCUCCCGGGGGACUGACCUUCUUCGGUAUUCCGCUCAAGAUGCCGUCCCUCAACAUUGGCGGGAUAUUUGGCCACGCCAGGGACACUGAUGGCAAACCGGUGUCAUCCCGGGCGGGAGAACUGGAGAACGCGACGGUCACGGCCAGGGACGGGACGCCGGGCGCGCCCCCGACGACGGGAGCCCCAGUUGCCACUGCUUCGGUAGUGCGGGUGUCCCCGGUCAGUGGGGGCUUCCGCCCCAUCGUGCCCGGCCCGGGGGGCUUCACCCCCGUCGGCCCCUUGGGUCCGACAGCCGCGCCGCAGCUGGACAUUUUCCGGCAGCAGCUGGACAUCGCCUCGGGCAACAGGCACUUCCCGUCUGUGGGACUCGUGCCCACCUCCACGUCGGGGCCCGUCGUGGUCACGGAGAACUACAACUUCCGCGACGGACACGAGGAGCGGAUCAAGCAACACCACAGCAGCGAGGAGAACCUCCGCGUCAGGACCUCGUACCAGCGGAGGCCCGGGGAGGGAGGCCUCACGCCAGGCUUCGUCACUGUGGUCUCCGUCCAGGACAACGACGCCAUCCCCCGGGGCUCGGCGCCGCUACGUGAACUGCCGCGAGACUCCUCGCGCGAGUCGUCGUCGUCCUCGCGGGAGACGUCUUCCAGGGAGAGGCUGUCGUCGACCUUCCCGACGCGGCCACCUGGCUUUGGCCAGCAGCACCACGGCAAGACGCACGCGACCGUGGCCAGGGUGGAGGCCUCGACCGCGGCCUCCACCUCCACGGCGGCAACCACCGUCAGUACCCUGCUGCCCGCUGCAGCCGCAACCACCACCACCGACCCGGCCGUCGAGGUGGAGCAGGCCGUGAUCUACAACCUCGGAGAACUGGCGCACUCGGGGCGGACACCCUCCAGCCUGGAAACUUCCCUGGGCGACAUCGCGGCGUCCACGCUCUCCACAACGACGGAGGACGAAGUUUACGACUGGACGACAGCGUCGCCUUACCACGAGCGCCCCGGGUCGGCGUUAUCGGCACUCCUCGCGCCCGGUGGCCAGCUUCCGGGCAUCCCGGAGACGCACCUGCAAUCCCACUCGCGCUCCACCGUCACUAGGGUGUCCAUGUCGUCCUCGGGUGCCGGAGCGGGGCUGGCUGGACUGGGCCCGGGGCCCGCACCCGGGCCCGCUCUCGACGACCCGCAGUCAGGACCCAUCCCGCGCUCGGCCAAGGGCCCGCAUUACUACUACGCAGAGGCUCCCGGUCCAGCAGGCGACAGCCCUCAGAAGCAGAUAUCCCGUGAAACGCACAACUGGUAUUACGAGAACUACAACCGAACCAAUUUACAGCCCUUCGUGGGGCCGGGCAGUGAGGCGUACAGCCGAAUCCGCAGUGACUCGAGUGCCCUGUUCUCCAAUAGAGAAUCAAUUCUUACUCUAGCCAUCUGCUAUAUUGCUGCAAGAGUCUUCACUUGACUACCCUCACCGCAACCACGACCAAUCUGACUCUCGUGGGGAGGUGGGAGGGUAGGUGCAAAGUACUGAACGGUGUGAGCAUGGAGAGUGCAAACUGAAUUGUCAGCAGAGUAUUUACUACUCCCCAGUACCCAAUCUAGUACAAAUAAUACAGACGAAACUGAAAAGGAGUGUAAAAAUGUAGAUAACAUGAAAGUGCUUUGAGAAAAUUAAUUAAGUCUUCUGGUCAGUAAGCACUAGUUAAUUUAAGCACUUUGAGAUGCUACUUAAAUACAACAAAAAUAGAAUA